GUGACGUGUGUACAUGGCAUUCCAGCAUGGCGACUCCCUCUACUGCAGUGUGUACUCUCGUCUUGGGUAUUGGAUUCGAAUUGCUAGAAUGAAAUUUAUUUCAUGUUUGAACUGAUUUCCAUUGACACCGCUGGAUUCAUCUUUGAAAAUCUGACAUGAGGUUGCUUGAGGUUUACGCUAUGGAUUUGGAUCUCCAUGUUCACAAUCAGUUAGGAUGAAAAAUCUGACAAGGGGUUGCUUGGGGUUUGUGUUGUAUGGAUUUGAAUCUCCAGUUGUACGUUGGUUUUCAGCACUGCAAAUCCUCUAGGAUACUUGGACAAAGAAGAAUCUCCCUAAAAGUGCUUGGUUGUCCAUUAAGCAGCUUUUGCCAUCUGUCUGACAACAUUAACAAGGAUUAUCAACUUGCUGCAUUAGUUGGGGAUGUUUGAAAUUAAUUAAGAGUUUGGUGGAUAUGUCCAACUGCCCCUGUGGAAGUGUUGGUAGUUCUUCUGCUGAGCGAGGAUAGUGCUGUUGCAGAAAUGGUGUGAGGUUGGUUUGCUCUUGUUGCUGGUUCGCUGGGCUAUGGAGGAUAUUUACCAUAGAGGAAACGAUCAGACUCGAAUUUCGGUGUUCUGACGUACGUUGGUGUGCCGUCGUUACUAGAAGAUGACGUUGCCACGGUCUACUGUCCUUGCACUAAACAUUGUCAGGCAACGGGGUAGUUACGGCGAACUUGGCUGGUUCUUUCCAUCAGUUGCAACGAGUGUUGGUUUCUUAGGAUCUAUUCCGAGGUUCCGUCUGAAAUUACUCAUCAUAUUCGCUCGCCAAGCCGAUUGCAGGUUUUACCGGGGCUGCGCAACAUUGACGUGGGAUUGCAUCAUUUCUUCAAUAACGCUUCUGUGUAAUGUUCCGUUAUUGACUAAAUGUCGCCAAAUAAACACAUUUUCGUGCGCUAAAUCAAAGUUGUUGGAAUGGUGGAUGUUUUAGACGAAAAUUUUGAAACGUGCUCAAUCAUUUGUUAGUCUGUCGCAAGCGACAUUAAGGGUUUUGUAAUCGAAUUUGGACAUCUGCCUCGUAACGCAAUGAUUAAUCUUGGUUGUCUUGAGAUAAGGCGAGUAGUGGCCCGGUCGGCAGUAAUUGGUUGUUUUAAUUGGUGUCUUGGCCUACAGUGGAUGGAGUUGAGAGACGGGCGAUUGCUCAUUAGUACGCGCUGCCAGCUGUGCGUAAAUUGUCCGUAUGCAACUGUCUAGUAAAAACACACGGCUGCGCUCAAACAUUUUACCACCGUAUUCCGUUUCCCCCGUAAAGUUUUCGAAGGUUUGGGGGGUGAGGGGAGUAGUAGGAUCGAUCGUCAUCGCAUAUUUUUCUCGGGACGUUCUCGAUCGAUAAUGCCGGAGCCGUCGAAACAUUUUUUCCGUGUUGUGUUCUUUAAUUCCUGGAAGACACUGACGAAAACUGAUUGAAUCCGGUCUCUGAAGGGUUCAGAAAGUAAAUAACAAUCCUGAAAAGAUUCACGUCGAAAAUUGUGGAUCGACUCCGUGAUGAGAUACACAGGCGGAGGCGGCGGAAGGGCCUCUGUGAGAUUGUGCAACUGGUGUGAAAGGAGUCGUGACGGUCGCUGGAUGUCGCUAGCGUUGCUCCGCUUUUUUCUCUUAUUACACACUCUUCGUGCUUGUGUGUGCUACACCUCUUCUGUUCGGGACCAAAAGGGGGAGGGAUUUCGGCAGUGGAACGCUAAGUAGAGGAAGGUUCUUUCCUGGUGACUCGUCAGUCUAAAUCUUUGGCUCUUGUCGGUGAGCACCGAAGUUUGUUUCUCUUCCUCUUAACUUCCGGUGCUGGUCGAUGACCAAUUGUCUCUUGAUUGCCAAACCCAAAUUAGUUUUCAAACUUUUCUUUCGUUAAGGCUAAAUGUCUGCGGCGGCCGUGGGAAGGAAUCAACGUUCGUCAUCUAUUUGUCUUUCCGGCAGUCAGACAUUCGACGCGAUGAAGGCCAGUGUCGGUGGUAACAACCGGGAGAGUUCUUCCGGAUCGGAUUCGCCCGAAGUCCGUCGAGAAGUGAUUACCAGCAACUACGGCAGCAGCAGCGGCGGCGGUAGCGGCAGACCGGGUCCUUCCGGGAGUAGCAAAACGCGGCAGAAUGCCCGGCGGAGUAAAAGCGAGCGGCUCCAAGGAGCCAACAAGCCGCGUGUGAAGCGACGGGAUUUGGCGCUGGAUCUGGACCGGGCCAACAGUGGCAGCUUAGCCGGCGGAUUGACUGGAAACAAGGAGCAAGACGAUCCUUACCAAUCGUUUCUGCGUAAAGUUCCCAGCGUCGGCGCUGGAUUGAUGAACGACUCUUCGUUCAACGACACUCCGGAUGGAUCUCCUCGAGGCUUGCGAUCCGUUCGCCAGUCUGCCGGCAACUCUAAGCCGCCACUCGGAGUGAGUAGCAACGUGCCGGCCAUUUCCACGCCGGAUUUAUCGCCGUCUCUCAUUAGACGGGCCACAGUCAACUCUGCUGGUGUCCAGCGAGCCAUUGGCGCAAGUGGCAGCCGGUCGCAAUUGGCUAAUCGCAAUUCACCGCAAGUCGGUCGGCCUGGCGGCAGUUCGACGUCGGCCAACAAGGAUCAACCGCUCAACAAACGGGCCAACUCUGUCCGCGCUCACGGCGCCAGUAAUUCGAGCUCCUUUUCGGCGUUUCACGUCACCAACUCGUCGCUGCGUCGAUCGACUUACCUCGACGUGCCCGACAGUCCCGGCAACGAUGAAGACAACGCCACGGGCAACGUGGACGAGGAUUCCUACCGACUUCGCUCCUUCGACUUGACUCGCAAAGGUGUGGUGAAUAGGGGUGACUCGUUCCGGCGACGCCGCUCCCGCAGCAACAGUUUGGCCCCCGGAACGGUGCAACACGACUCGACCGGUGAUGUCACGAAAAAUUACCGAACGGCUCCCGGUAAUAACGGGGCCUCGACGGGAGACAAUCUGCAAGUCACUGGAACGGAUCAGCAGCAGCGUGGGCAGCAGCAACAGCAGCACCAGCUGCAGCAUCACCACCAUCACAGCGACGUCAGGACUUACCGUGUGGCCAUCAUAGGAGCCCACGGAGUCGGCAAAUCCGCCUUGGUCGGACAAUUCAUGUCGUCCGACUGCAUCAACGCCUACGACCGAGUCAGGAACGAUGACACUGAUCCAGAAUCUGUAUUUGUCAUGCUCAACGGGGAGGAGUCAGAACUGGUGUUCACCUUCUGCAACAACAUCAAGGUCGAGAUGAAUCGAAACGAACUCCCCGAUGCCUUUCUCAUCAUGUACAGCGUUAUUGACAAAACCAGUUUCAAGACGACUGAAGAUGAAUUAGCACGUUUACAGAACUGGGACGCACUCCGUUCCCGGGCACUUAUAGUUGUCGGAAACAAGAUUGACCUCGUUCGCAGUCGUGCCGUUUCAACGCAAGAUGGAAAAUGUCUUGCCUGCGCCUACCGAGCCAAAUUCAUGGAAGUAUCCGUAGUCAUAAAUCACAACGUGGACGAACUGCUGGUCGGAAUCCUGACACAGAUCCGGUUGAAGGAAGAGCUCCAGAAAGAGAUAGCGGAAGGGCUUGUCGAUCCAUCGACGCUCGACGGUGCCAACGGACAGGGCUCCUCCAGCUCUUGGAUACGGAACAAGGGUCUAGUGCGAGCCAGCAUGAAAGCCAAGCAAAUGUUCACGUGGCUGUUUGGCAAAGACGACGAUCAGCUCGCCAAUUGUGAAAACUUCCAGGUCCUUUGAAAAAGAAAAAAAAAGAUUCCCGUGUGCGUUUUCUUUUUAAAACAAACAAAAAACAAAAACCUCCCGUUCAGAAAACAAAGCCUGUUAGAUUAUGAAUAACGGUGGAAAAAUCUAAAAAAAAAAAGUGAAGUUCUAGUCAUCUCUUUUUUUGGAAGGCACUCUAUAUCACGCUAAAGUGCCUUCAACAGCUAAGUAAACAGCUUCCCCAUUCUAUCCUUCCUGCAAAUGGUUAAUGUUUAUUCAAAAGACAAUAAUAUGUAGGCCUAAAGACCGAAGAAAAGGAUCACCCAUUUUUUUAUUUUGAUAUUUUUUUAAGCAAAAGCAGCUGCUCUCUGGGGAACGGCGUGAUAUCAUCGGCUACAUAAUAAUCGCAUUAUUUAAAUAUUUCCCUGUCUUAAGAAUUAUUUUCGGUGUUCUUAAAAAUAACAAUUUUGGGGGAAAUUAUUUUCAGUUAUCUGAAUGAAAUCUGGUUCCGUUCUCAAUACAAAUUAAAUCAACAAGGA